CUUGGGAGACGCAAGCACUCUUGGUUGAAAAACUUACGAGACUGGACUGGACUGAACUCACACGAACUAUUUCGAACUGCACAGGACAGACAGUGUUUCGCCGCGAUUGUUGCCAACCUUCAUUAGAAGAUAGUACUCUAAAAAGAAUAAUAUUAUUACCAUAUGCAACUACAGAGAAGUACCAGAGAAUAAAGUAAAUAGGUAUGAAAAUCCUCAUAAUAUCUGUCACCAUUUUGGUGACUUGUGCCAUCCAAUCCGACGCUCAUUCAAUAAACAAUAGGAAUUCAACAAUAAGUAAGAGACAAGCAGCUAAUGCAGAUCAAAUGGUACAAAACAUACUUCAGUGGGUUCAAAAUGUCUAUACACAGAACAGUAGGAAAAUACGCCAAGGAACUUUAAGGCAGUACCUUCCCCCAGCCAACACAGAGAAACCACGCCCCUUCCAACCUGGGUACCCCCCUGCUGGAGAGACACCUCAACCACCAUUCCCAUUCCCCACUAGUCCAGUCACCGGAGGAGUAACUGCUCCUGAACAGCCUCAACCACAACCAGAAGACGGAAACGAAGUACUCUUACCACCGACUAGAAACGGAUUCAAUCCUCCAGAUGAACCCGAACAACACGAAGUACCAUUGCCAACUGAAGGACCUUCUGAAGGACCAUUGACGACUGGACCUGUAGAACAACCAUCAGAAACACCAGUUGUUCCACAGGAGCAACCUAGGUAUCCCAGCAUUCACCCUGAUGUUCCAAAUGUUCCUAUUUACACAGAUGGGCCUACAUAUCCCACAACAGAAUCGGCAGGAAUUCCUUCUGAUACACCAAGUCCAGAAGAAAAACCCGCCGUUCCAGGAUACCCUAACAUCCAUCCAGACGUUCCAUUCCUCACCGAAGCUACCGAACCGCCAUCAGAGCAACCGAGAACCACUCCUCAGGCACCUGAAGAGCCAGAAGGACCUAAAGAACCUGAACUACCCAGCAGAUUGUUCCCUGAAAUUCCAGAAACUCCACAAAAACCUAACGUUUCUCUAGUGCCUGGUGGCCAACAUGAGAGUACUACAGAACAGUUGUAUACUAGUCCACACGAAGAUCAAGCAGGAACUUCGACAGUUGGGCCAACGUUACAUACCGAUGCUCUUCCUUACACAUCGUCAAAUGGUUACACCCAACCAUCAGAUGUGAGUACCGGUUACCCCGAAGCAGGCCAAUCUAUACCACAGGUAGACUUAACACCUUCCACUGCCCUACCUGAAGGAACAACGCCACGAGCUGAACAAACGAGUCCCUCUGAAACUAAACCAGUAGAAACCUCAGAAUAUCAAACUGAAGUGCCGGUUACACCUGAAGGACCUGCUUUAACAACUUCAGAAUCAGUCACUCAGGAAGGACGAUUAAAGUCUGAAGAACCUGUAUCUAUUCAUGCGGGAACUACAUUAGCUCCAAGCGGAUUUACUGCUUCUACACCAAGUGAAACUGAAGGGGAGUUGAAAACCACAGAGAACCCCGAAGCCAACACAAUUCCUGGAAAUGCCGAAAGUUCUGUAGCUGCAGAUGAUGAUUCAAAGCAUCCUCCUCAUAUUCAUUCCCUUGACGUAAUCUGUGGAAAAGAAAUGAUGACCAUCACCAUUGAAUUUAACAGAGAAUUCAACGGAAUUAUUUACUCUAAGGGUCACUUCAGCAACAACGAAUGCAGAUAUGUUCCAGAGAACUCAGGUCAAACCAAAUACACCUUCACAGUAAGUCUGAACACUUGUGGAACUGAAUUCGUAAACGCCUUUGACACUCAGAACCAAUCUUACUUAGAGAACGUCCUAGUGCUGCAAAACGAAGCGGGAAUACAGGAAGUGUGGGAUACUGUUAGAUCUGUCAGAUGUUUAUGGGAAGGAAAUAUUAAAGAUACACUUAGAGCGGCUUUCAGCAUCGGCAUGUUGAGUCAAGAAAUUGUUACUUUCAGUGGAGACACCGCCAUGGCCAAACUUGAUGUCCUUCUUGGUAGAGGACCUUUUGGUGAACCUGCAAAUGGUUUAGUCAAGAUCGGAGAACAAAUGACGUUAGCUGUGUCUGUCAGCGGUGACCCUGGAUUCGACUUACAAGUCAAAGAUUGCAAAGCGAUUGAUUCUGAUGAAAAGAACAUCAUAGCUUUAACUGACGAAGAUGGUUGUGUGUUGAAACCUAAAGUUUUCGGAGCUUUCCAGAAAACAAGAGAAACGGGGAGCACGGGGGCUUCUAUUAUAGCCUACGCGUACUUCAACGCCUUUAAAUUCCCUGACAUUAUGGACCUAACUAUUGAAUGUAACAUUGAGCUUUGUAAAACAGAUUGCGACAUGUGUUCAAAAGAAAAUCAACAAUUAGAACCCAGCAAGAGGCGUAGAAGAGAUGUAUCAGCAGCAAAUGCAUCAUUAAGUGACGGUACAAUCAUGGGCAAACGCCUUCAAAUAAUUCUACCUGAAGAUAUUAACGAAAAAACAGUUUUAGAGCUCAGUACAAAAGAUCAUGUUUGUAUAUCAACACAAAAUUUUUUGUUUUCCUCGACAGUUUUGAUCUCGCUCGCUCUAGUUAGUAGUAGUUUUAGUAUAUGUUUAUGGUUAAGACGAAGAGAGAAAUACUUACCAUAGUACCUAAAAUAAAAUAUAAAAAUGCCUAAAACAAUACAUGCUGCCAAUAAAAUUAAAACGUUACCAGUUAGUUACCAGUAUAUUAACAUUCUUAAGAAUAAAGUUAAGUCAACAAUGAGUCCUAUUGUAUAAAAUCUGCAACUGCAAUCAACUAAUAUUAAGUUUAAAAUUGUACAGAAAUGUAAUCAUGUAAAUAAAGAGUAUUUAUAUA